AAUGUAUAUUAGCGUUACUGGAAUUAUAGCUCAAACUAUCCACCUACUCAUUCUCAUAGGUCUAAACUAUACUUGAUUUUGCAAAGAAAUCAUUAAAAUCAGCGGUGAGAGUUAUUUGUGCUUACUGACCCUCUACUUCUGAUAUCUAUACCUGCUCUAUUACACCUUCAGAAAUAUGUAUGUGUGAACCACUCUUAAAGUAGCUAAGACUUCCUAUGAAAUGAAAGACCUGGGUGAAAAAGGAACAGAUAUUGUUAAGUACUUAAGCCAGAAAACAAAUGACUCCUCAACUACAGAAGAAAGCAAGGAUUUAAAGUUUUUUGAUGAUUGGGAGAGAUGUAAAACUUGCUUAAGAUACUCAAAUUUUUACCACCAUCAUACCAUUUCUUCCAGAAUUGAAUAUCUAAACCAAACUUUGCUGCUUAUCUGGGAUAUCUAGCGAUGGGGGCAUUCCUAAUGUUAUUUAAUUGAUUUGUCAAAAUAGCUAUCUGUGUUCAAAGAGGUACAGAAGGAAUAUUUACUGACGAAGAAGCUUUACUGAACAUAACUCUCCUCUUACUGACAUUCAUAUUUGCUCUUUUCUUCAUCGGAUCAUUCAUAAUAAGCAUCCAUUGAUCUCUCGAAGCAUUCAUCGACAGGGAAGUCCGACGUAACAAAACCAUAACUGAGGAGGAGCUUGAAAACCUAUCUCUUCACUCAGCAAUAAUCCUGAUAUUUCGGAAGUACUAUUCCGUGGACUGUAUCAGUCAAAUUCUAUUUCAAUAAAUCAGCUCCCA